AUGCCCACACUACUAGUAUAUUCCCACACCACCCACCCCCGAUCCACCCCACCAACCGUCCCACUCCACCACCACUGUUUGUCUAAAAAAAAACACCCAACCCUCGAUCCAGAUCCCCUCCAGCUCCUCUCUUCUCCCGAUUCACCCCUCGUCUCCCUCCCAUCCCAGGCCGCCGCCGCCACCCACCACCCCGGCGACCUCCCCACCGGCGAUCCCCAGCCUCUCCACCCGCACGCGCGCCGCCUCCCCCAGUGCCUCGUCCCCCUCGCCGUCUCCUCCGGCGGACGGGGUUGGCCCCGCGGCGCCAACGUCUCCAAGGCGGAGCUGAAGGAGAGGCUGGCCAAGGUGUACGAGGUGAAGGACCCCAACUGCAUCUUCGUGUUCAAGUUCCGCACCCACUUCGUAGGCGGCAAGUCCUCCGGAUUCGGUCUCAUCUACGACAACAUCGAGUCUGCCAAGAAGUUCGAGCCCAAGUACCGCCUCAUCAGGGUAUGGAUCGGUUCUCCCUCGUUUCUUCUUCACAUGGAGCUUCGUUUCGUUGUCUCGUCUAGAAGUGCGCUAGUAUUUGGUUAUGCCGUGGUCACCCAUGGGUCGAGAUGUAGUAAUUUGUAUUGAUCUAACUGAGGCUUCUUAGUCUCGGUGAAUUUUAUGCUGCUCACUUAGGCUUCGUUCGAUUCGAGUUAGAUAACUAGGUUUGCUUUCAUUUUAUGUUUCGGAAGUAGCAUGAUUAGCAUAAGUUAUUGUUUGCUCGGUGAAGCGAGCCAGCAGUAGAAAAUUGGAAUUUAGAACAGCUAGUAAUUCUUGAGGACCAGCUACACGCGCGCGCCGGAGGAGGACGCCGAGAGGCGCCGCCGCCACAUGGAGAAGCGGAGGGCCUUGGCCAAGAAGACGCCCUCGGGCGUCGCCUGCUGCUACGGCAGUGAAAAUUCGAUGCCAAAUCACACCUGAUGGCUGAUGUAGUGUCUGCACUAGGAAAUGAAAUUCUAAAGUGACGAUUUGUUUA